AUGCCACCGUCAUUGGCUUCCCUCCAUGCCUUAUGCAAGGCCAACAUUCAUAAUGGAAGCCUUUCGCUCCGACAGCUAAAGUUAGUCCACCAAACACUUCUGGAAUCAUCAUUUUCCGAAGCUAAGCGCGAUGCCAAAAGUUGGAAAUCGAUUCAAUCACCUUCAUCAUUGAGCCCUAUCAUUGAUGCUAUUUGUGGAGAAGAAGAUGGGUCAGUAUGCCGCGAAAUUAUAGAAAGUGGUAGCGAGGAUUGCGAACGGCUAUUUGUUGUCCAAUUCUUGAAGCUACAUCUUAAUUUUGGUGACUUCAUUCGAUGCGUCUUGGUCCCUUACCUCGUCGAGAAAAAUGAUUUCUCUGAGGAUCUCGUCGUCACGCUUUUGGAUCUUUUGGAAGAAGACAGCGACAUAUCUAGCGACGCGAUAGACGCUCUCAAGGUACCACACCCUAUAACUGGGCGCAUCGCUGUCACACUUCUGAAGCAACGGGGAGAUUAUGUACCUUUGAUUGAAGUGUUUCAUGAAAAGGUGUUGUACGCGCUGAAGGAAGCGAUGCAUUCACCUGAGCAAAGCACGCCAAUGAUAUCGACAUUAUCGAAAGAUUUAUUGCCUGUACUUACCGAAUCGUCGGAUGACGGAACACCCACAGUUCUUUCUUCACUCCAUCGACCACUGAUCAACGACUUGUGGAAAACUAUGUUUGCAGUGGAGUUUUCGCCCAGCAAGGAAUUGCGACAAACGCUGCUUGUUGUUACAACGAUUCUUUGCCCUCUAUUACCAUACCUCGUGAAUUGUGAAGUUCCCAAAAUCGGCGGAGAUGCGGGCUUGCAAGAACCUGCUAGCGAGCCACAGCUCUGGUUCCUUGUCUACACCUGUUUUGAGCAAGGCAAAUCACUCUUGGAUGGUGACACUGCAUCUUCUUCUGUUCUUCGAAAGCGUGCUCUAUAUUUGCUCAAUAUCAUCGCAUCAUCGGAUUCGUGGAAGAAAUUUUGUAUGUGCGCCGAAACAUUGGAAAUGGAGACUGAACAACACUUGAUCGAUCAAAUUUGGGAUACUGUCGACGAAUUGAUAGCGAAGAUCGAGGAACCGCACGAAACUGGUCAAUACACAGAGCUCUCAUGGAGGUGGAUGAGCCUACUCUACAGUCGGGCCCUCUCUACCGAUCAAACGACUGUCCGAAAACUUGGUCUUUAUCGACUUCUCAAAGUUCCGAGUGAGAAUGAAGCUGCUGAAGCGAGCAAGAAGCGAGCAGGAAAGAAGAAGUCUCAUCAAAUUAUCGUUAGGAAGUCGUCGAUUAGACGCUCCAUGCUUGGAAUGACACCAGAAUUCGUUCUCAGAACUCUUCUUCCCUCAUGGAAUAGUUUGAGGACAUCUGUUGGAUACAAUGUUCACCUUGGAACGUCGUCUAAGAAGGUUGACAAAGAAGAUAUGAUUCCGCUUAUGACAGAUUGGCUACAAGAUUAUAUUGACACUCUCGAUGCAAUAAACGCAAAAGCAUUUUGGUCUGGUAUUUGGAGUUGGUCUUUGAUUAAGAACUUCCAUAUCAAGAAUAUUGUUACGAUAUACGAAUCGUUGGCAAAAAAGCUUUCGACUAGUACACUAGUUGUGCCAGCUGACAAUGAAGCACUUCUUUCUUUGUCAGAGACCAUGUUGUCUCAGUUUGCCGAUGGGGCAUGCGUAGUCACAUACCAGAAACGGCUGCUCCUUGCUCUUGCAACUAUGUUGUCACAUUGUACAAGUUCGGAUGAUAGGAGUCAGAAAUACGCCCCGAUGACAAUGCUCAAGAUACUUGCUUUGUUUUCAGUAGACUAUUUCUCAUUAGACACAGAAGACUGGAAGAUAGAAGACGAAGAGCUGUUGACAGCCCUCAAAACAUGGAUUUUACAGCUGGAUGCUGAUAUAACAACAGUCGGCGCAGCAGUAGCUUCGGCGUUCGUUCGGGGAGAUUUGAUGAAUGUGAAAGAAAGCUGGGAUCCUACUUUUGGUUCAACAACAGAAGAGCGAGAACUUGGAUGGGCAAUCACGCUGCUGUGCACUCUAGCUGCAAAGAACUCCAAAAGCUCAACAACGGGACAGCUACUUUGGCCAGCAAUCAACAAAGGUCUGAGUAGUACAAGCGAAGCGAUCUUGACGAAAGGUCACGUAAAGGCGAGAGACGUGUCUCGGGCCUUGAUUUUGCUGGAGUAUGGAUGUCGACUUCGUGAAAUAUCGGGAACGGGAAACGGGGAUCUGGUUGUCGAUAGUACCACCCAACAGCUGAUGCCUCCUCCAGCGAACAUUGAGAAGUUGCUUUCGUUUGCGGUUGACUUCAUCUCGCAUCAUCUUCGAGUAUUGCUUUCUGCUGAGGCUCUUUGUGAUCCUAGUGAACCAAUCAAGCCAAAACGAGUUCUUUCGACUUGUAUUUCACUUGUCAGCCAAAUGAGGGUUUUGAAUCAGUCAUACAUGUCCAGCAACGUGAUUCCAAAUGCUGUCAACGAUAGUUUCGCGACAAGUCACAAGGAGUUGAACCAAACAAGCGGAAACGACAUUCAGCGUUCCAUGUUGUGCGCUUCUAUCUACGCAGCGUUGUCAACGGGGGUUGAUCCUGGCCACAACGAGUACAUUAGUCUUUGUCGAUUACUUCUUUCGCAAGAGCUUACCGAGGGUGCAACUGGCGAAUGGACUUAUAUUGCUCAGGCGAUAAUGCAGUAUGCAAAAUGGGCGUCAAUUUCGUGCAUAUUGCCUCUCCUACAAGCUUCGAUGGAAAAUGCAUCGAGCGAAACUUGUGAAGAAGCUCAGGCUCUUCUUCAUGAUAUACUUGAAGCAGCAUUUGCAGCCGCUCCGAGAACAGCAACUUAUGCUUGCCUCCCACUUUUCAAUUCCAUCCUUUUGGCUUCGAAGAAUUGGGUCAAUAAUCGCGCUGCUGAGAGCGAGGAAGCGGAGAAACUUUAUGUCGAGAAACUGAAGCGUAUUGUUGACGCACUUCUGGCGUUGAUGAAAAAGUCUCAUACAAGCCAAGAAACCAUGGACAUGCUGAACGAAACCUGCGCAUUCAUUUUCCACCCUAAGCUACUCAACGAGGAGGAAAGUAGGAUCCAAAAGAGCGCGCGCUGUCCCACCCCAGUUCGUGAUGCUUUCCGGAAACUUGUGAAGAUGGCAGGCACGAUGCGCUCCCAUAUUUUGAAAGCAGCUCUCUGUAGGAUUACUGUCUCGUGGUUAGGAACGGACGAGACUCGCCUUGGACAAAACGCAAUCCCCUACCGUGAAGACAUUGUCAAGCUCCUGCUUCACAAAGAACAAAAAAUUGAAGAGUCGGCAAAAAAUCAAAGCAUGGUUACUAAUACAGACGGAGUUAUGACGAUCCCUGCCGCAACGAAUGAAUUGAGCGUAGGGCGGGCUUUCAUACUUGUGUUUCUUUCGAAAUUACCAAGUGUAGACAAUGGCCUGGACAAAAGGGUCUUACAUGAGCUAUUGCAUCCCAUCAUUUUGGAACUUCUGAAAGAGACUGCGCCAACAAAAUCUUCGGCAAAAAAUCUGAUAAUGAAAGGAACAACAGCAUACUGCCUCAAGAUGCGAGGGUGGCAAGCGCUUUGUAACCUCUCUCGAUUUGUAACCGAGGAGAUUGCGUCAGAAGUUAGCCAAAAGGUGUACGGGAUGAUGCCAGAACAUAUUCAUGGUCAAGUCCGAUACUUCAUUGAAAUAUUUACUAUUCAAUGCGCAAAAUCGCAUCCGUAUGUUUUUGGUUCUACCUUUUUGAAGGAGAUCUCGCGUCGUGAUCUCACACUGCAGCAUGUGUCAUCAUUGAUGAUCAUUGCUGGGAACUGGGUUGUUGGGCGGUACAAGAUUGACUAUUUCGAUCUCAAGCAUGAAAACAGACAACGAUUGCAAGAAUUGCUUGCUGCCAUCAUUCCUUGGUUGAGUAGCACUCAAGGGUUUAGCCGCGCCAUUGCUCAGUUGCUAGUUCACAAGUUGACUCCACUGUGUGUCGAUGUGUCGAAUAUGGAAUCGAUAACAACAUCUGAUGAAGAUUGGUUCCCAAGGUUAAUCUACCGCUUUCUUGAUGAGAAUCGUGAGAUGCAGCGAUUGAGGAAGAAGCAAGGCGGAUUUUUCGAACGUUACAGUGUCGAGGAAAUGUGCACUCCUGAAGGGGUUCUUGGGAUUCCUGUGGACGAAGGAGACGAGGCCGACCCGCUCCAUCUUGUAGAUGCGAUGAAGGAUAUCCUAAAGAAUAUUUAUUCUGAAGCUCAUGCGGACGAUGCUCCAGCAUGGAAGCAAAUUGAGAACAUCGUGAAGGCCGAACAAUCAACAGAAGGAGAGAAUGACACAGAAGUCAACUUUCAAAGAAAGAUCAUUCCAUUGGAUUCUUUGAAUCUUGCCAUGGAAGACGUGCGCCAAAAGCGAAUUCGAAAUACCGUCGGAAAUCCAAAACAACAACUUAUAGUUUGUGCUUCACUUGUCGAUAAAGUUCCUAACCUUGGGGGUUUGGCAAGGACAUCGGAGAUCUUUGCUGCCGAUCGCUUGGUUGUCCCUGACAUCUCAGUUACUAAGAUGGACAACUUCAAGAGUCUGAGUGUCGGUGCAGGGGAAUGGAUUGAUAUCGAGGAGGUGAAGGAAGAGGACUUGCUGUCGUGGCUUUUGGCAAAAAAGUCGAAAGGAUACUUUGUCUUUGGGCUGGAGCAGACAUCAUCUAGUAUGUCGCUCACCGAUAUGAAGUUCCCUGAUCAACCAACCGUUUUGCUCUUGGGAAAGGAAAAGGAGGGUAUCCCGGUGGAAUAUCUACAAGCUGUUGACCAGUGUGUUGAAAUUCCUCAGAUGGGAGUUAUCAGGUCUCUAAAUGUGCACGUGAGCGGUGCUCUCGCAAUUUGGGAGCAUACAAAGCAGCGCAAACUUAAAUCAUAA